GCCGGCGCCAGGCCCCUCCCGCGGAGGCAUAAAAGGCGCGGGCUCCGCAGCGAAGGCGGCAGCGGGGGCCGGACAGCGCCGCGGAGCGGACCGCGUGGCCGACGGAGUGCGGGCCGCCCGGGCAGCCCGAGCCCGAGCCAGUCCCGGCCGAGCCGAGCCGAGCGGGGCCGGAGUAGCCCCGGCACCUGGCGCCGCAGCCAUGCUGGCCGGCGGCGCCGCGCGCACCUGUGCGCUGCUGGUCCUCUGCCUCCUGGGCAGCGGGGCCCAGGAUUUCGGGCCGACGCGCUUCAUCUGCACCUCGGUGCCGGCGGACGCCGACAUGUGCGCCGCGUCCGUGGCCGCGGGCGGCGCCGAGGAGCUCCGGAGCAACGUGCUGCAGCUCCGCGAGACUGUGCUGCAGCAAAAGGAGACCAUCCUGAGCCAGAAGGAGACUAUCCGCGAGCUGACCGCCAAGCUGGGCCGCUGCGAGAGCCAGAGCACGCUGGACGCGGGCGCCGGCGAGGCCAGGGCCGGUGGCGGCCGCAAGCAGCCCGGCUCCGGAAAGAACACCAUGGGCGACCUGUCCCGGCCGCCGGCCGCCGAGACGCUCAGCCAACUCGGGCAAACUUUGCAGUCGCUCAAAACCCGCCUGGAGAACCUCGAGCAGUACAGCCGGCUCAAUUCCUCCAGCCAGACCAACAGCCUCAAGGAUCUGCUGCAGAGCAAAAUUGAUGACCUGGAGAGGCAGGUGCUCUCCCGGGUGAACAGUCUGGAGGAGGGCAAGGGGGGCCCCAAGAACGACACCGAGGAGAGGGUAAAGAUCGAGAGCGCCCUGACCUCCCUGCACCAGCGGAUCAGCGAGCUCGAGAAAGGUCAGAAGGACAACCGCCCAGGAGACAAGUUCCAGCUCACGUUCCCGCUGCGGACCAACUACAUGUACGCCAGGGUGAAGAAGAGCCUGCCCGAGAUGUACGCCUUCUCUGUGUGCAUGUGGCUCAAGUCCAGCGCCGCGCCGGGGGUCGGCACCCCCUUCUCCUACGCCGUGCCCGGCCAGGCCAACGAGCUGGUCCUCAUCGAGUGGGGCAACAACCCCAUGGAGAUCCUCAUCAAUGACAAGGUGGCCAAGCUGCCCUUUGUGAUCAAUGACGGCAAGUGGCACCACAUCUGUGUCACCUGGACCACCCGGGACGGCGUCUGGGAAGCCUACCAGGAUGGCACCCAGGGCGGCAGCGGCGAGAACCUGGCACCGUAUCACCCCAUCAAGCCCCAGGGCGUGCUGGUGCUGGGUCAGGAGCAGGACACUCUGGGUGGUGGGUUUGAUGCCACCCAAGCGUUCGUGGGCGAGCUGGCCCAUUUCAACAUCUGGGACCGCAAGCUGACACCUGGGGAGGUGUACAACCUGGCCACCUGCAGCUCCAAGGCCCUCUCUGGCAACGUCAUCGCCUGGGCUGAGACCAACAUCGAGAUCUACGGCGGGGCCACCAAGUGGACAUUCGAAGCCUGUCGCCAGAUCAACUGACGGCCCCGGGCCAGGCCGAGCCCCCGGGGCCCCCAGCCUGACACCCGCCUCCUCCUUGCUUGUGCCGUGAUGAUCCAUUUGUCUCUUCUUCUCUCCCUUUCCCCAGAUGAGUUCAGGCCUUCGCCCCUGCACACGCGCACACACGCACAAUGUGCACACGCGCACAGCCUGGUCUUGUCAUCCUCACGCACAUGAGGCAGUUCUGGCUCUUGUCUGUCCCCGAGGAAAUCUCCCUUCUCUCUAGGAGCCCUGGGCUGCUUCUCGGGCACCCCCUGUUCCAGCUUGAGCAGGCAGCCUCGACGUUUUCAACAGUGCGGGAGUAAGUGAGCGGAUUGCACGCGUGUCUGUGUGUGCGUGGUGGGGUGGGGUGGGGGGAGGCUUUUUUCUUUCUCCUUUCUUUGUGUCUUUGGGAAAUGUCAUGACCCAUCGAGUAGCUGUACUUGCCAACUCUGCUAGCUGCCAGCGUGCCUUGGGGCUGGCACACCUUGGUGAGCACACACACUUGUCUUCGUUUGCAGACAUUUUUAAGGAUGACAUAGCUCUAUAUUGGUAAUAAAAAUGUCUUUUAGCAUUUGUUAAAGACUGGGGUGCCCCUCCACAGAGAGUGCUUGUUUUGUAUUUGAAGGGCACUCUCUCUGGAGGGUUGAGGGCUGGCAGUGUGGAGGGGCGGGCACUGAGCCCUCCUCUGUGCGGGGAAGAGGCUGCCGAGCUUGCAGAGGAGGUGGGGGUGGUCUCGGGAUCUGGGUGGCUCUCUCCUCACCCCCUCACUCCCUCUCCCCUUCACCCCCUCACCCCCUCACCCCAUGCCUGGCCAGCACCCCUGCUGUUUGCAUCUGAGAGCCGCCCUGGGGCCUGGGAGGCUGGCCUGCUGCCCAGCUUCCGCCCGGCUGUCUCGGGACCAUGUCCCUGCCUCCCUCAGCCCCCCACCUCCUUCCUCCCUGCAAGGCUGGGGUCACUCCCCCACUUUUAGCCACCAGCCGCUCCUGCCCCCAUGGCGUCCCACUUCCACCCAGGGGCCCCUGAGAUCUGAGCACCACCCACCCACAGUUCCAGGAAGCCAUGGCCCUUUGCCGCGUCCCUUCCGCCUCUGGCAGUGGGGGCAGAAGUGCCAGUGGGAAGGACACGCACAUUCCUAUUAAAGCCCCUGGAUUUAACAGAGUCCCUGAGACUUCAACCCAACCAGUCAAUGGGAAGAUUCUCCCUAAGGACCUGCGGCAGCCAUGUUCCCUCCCAGCACACCCUCAGCCGGGACGAGCCAGUGCCGAGGGCUUCAAGGGGGCAGGGCAUCAAAACCCACUCCCACAGCAGCCCCUGCCUGGCACUGGCUGGUGGCUCGGAGACCUGGCUGGCAUCCAGAACCUUUGGCUUUUUUUUUUAAUCCCUGAUGAAAAGCAACCAUGCACAUUUCCUUCUAGCUCUACUGAGGAGGGAGAAGAGUGUGUGUGUGUUUGUGUGUGUGUGUGUGUGUGUGUGUGUGUGUGUUGACAGCGCGAGUGAGCUCUUGGAAGGGUCAUGGCCAGGGUGGUGUGAGCUCCCUGCUCUGUUUUAUCGUCUGGAGGUCACACAUCCUGAGAGCACCCUGGGCUCCGUCACCAGGAAUCUAAUUAGCAAAAGGCUGGCAAGUCUUUCUAGAAAUUCUACUGUGCUGCCUAGCUCAUGUGCAGCUGCAGACAUUUCUUCAGGAGAAGCAGGUGUUCUCAUCUUCUGUUCCUUCACGGGGACACCUGUCUCCUUAAACACAGGUCCACUUUGCGUCGGAAACUCAGUGCAUCCGUGUGUGUCUGUGUAGGUGUCUGUCUGUGCUCGUGGUUGUCUGCACGGUACCCAGUCGCCGUUCUGCAGUGCAUCACUCUCUCCGAGGGUGCAGAUCAGGCGUGCGCUGUGUGUUGUUGUUCAACAGUGGCUUUUUCUUAGAUAAUUGUGUUUCAUCAGAGCCGUUGGGUUGUGGCAUCUGUGGAUCUGCAGGGACUUUCUCUGUUUGCAUGUUUCCCGGGGUGGCGCGUUCCUUGCUGCUUCGGUCUGAUGCGUGUUCCCUUGCCUGCAUGGACUUUUCCAGACCCGUGUCGUGUGCUGAAUGUCAUCCAGUGUUCCGGGCUCACCCAUGUAAGCUGCCGAAAAGGGCUGGACAAGCAAGCCAAGGGUGUUGGAGGGCGUCAGGAGAGAGAUAGUUUCCCUCUCCCCCUCCCCACUUCCCAAACACAGGAAACUUUUUUAGCAUGUAGGUUGAGAACGAGCCGGUGUAGUUCCCGCUGCUGGGAGAGAGCGAGCGCUUGGAGUCACCCCUCUAGACUAGAUCGGCCCCGCCCCUCACUUCAGCCAUCUUGGAGCCUUUGCUUGGCAAGGCCCAAAACAUGCCAGGUGCUCUCCCGUCAGCACCUCCCACCUGCCCCUGCCCCUGCCCCCAACCACCUUCUGCCCCAGCCGGGCGCGGUGGGAGCUGUCCGUUCAGGACCACAAGCCAUCCUCUGCCCUGACUAGAGAAGGGCAGAGCCUACCCCACAGUGUUUGCCUCUGUCCUCCCAGCCCUCCCACCUGUCCCGCCCCUCCCCUGACAUUCCCAUGGUGCCAGGGACAGCAGCUGACAUCUAGCUUCCUCCCUGCCCGACUGGGGUCCGUGCCAAGCCCCUCGGCUCCCUCACUGUGUUAACACUUGGCACUGUGCUGGCCCCGAAAAGGUGGGUCUACAUAUUCCCAUCUACUCCUUAAUCCAAUUGGCGUUCCCUCUUGCACUGACUGGUACAUGCCUCUCUCAGGUAAUGCCAUUUUAUAAAAUAAUAAGAUAAAAAUGCACUGUUGAGGCAGUGUGUGUUUUUGCCUAGCUGGUGUCCGACAGCUCUCCCUGGGCGUCUGAGGUUGGAGAGCUGCUGAUAGAGGCUCUCCGGGCCCUGGGGGCUUAGAUCCCCCUUGAAUCUUAAGCCUUCUUGCUUUUGAUAAUACACUCUUAUUUCUCUUACUGUAGAAGAAAAAGUUUAUUACCAAACAAGAGUAUUUUUAUGAAAGAAAAGGACAAACAUAUAAAUUACUCAACCUAUGUCUCCCUUGAAAAUACUUUCAGGCUCCACCAAAACGUAGGACUGAAAGCAUGUAUUUUGGAAGAAAGAGAUAAAUUUUGUAUGCUUUCUUUUCCUUUUGUAGACUCCUGAUUUAUUUUCUAAGACUGCAAAGAUCACUCUGUCACCAGCCCUGGGACCUGAGACCAAGGGGGUGUCUUCUUGUGGGCAGGGAGGGGGAGGGGAGAGGCUGGCUUGAGGUUCACAGCCAUUCCAUUGAGCUCCAAAGAGGGGCCACCUGUUCACAAAGGUAGCCUGGGGACCAGGACGUAGAGAUGGAAAUUUACAGCGGCCCUUUUGUCUUGGAGCUGACUCAAGUUAAAUGGAAGAUGUCGAGCCUUUGUAUAUCAGUUCCAACCUUGAUAGAAGAAAUUAGCAUUACGUAUUGUUAAAACUAUGAUCAAAUCUUUUGUCAUCCAAUGGCAACCAAAACGUGACUUGAAGCAGUAGUGGUUUUCCCUCUCAAAACACAGUGUAUACAUUUAUUCAACUAAUGAUGGGAAAUGUAUUGCUUCUGUGCUCAGCGGACGUAAGUGCAAUUUGUUGAAGGGGAACAAGUCAUUGAGGAGAAAAAAUGCCCAAUACUUAGAGUCCCAAUUUUGUCUUAUUUGCGAAAAGUUAAAAAAAAAAAAAAAGCCAAUCCCCUAAGGUUGAUAUUGUUAUAAUGUAUAUA